UGAUUUUCAUGCUAGAGUCAAUAAGUGGUUAGUAGGAAUAUUGUCACAAGUGCGUUAAUACUGUCCUGGAAUACAAUAAAGCUAUAGUUUUUCCAUAUUAACUAUAUAUGCCCUUACCUUAAAACUUUUUGGUGGAAACACAUAAGUAAUAAGCAAUUUGGCCAUGUUUAGGGAUGUGCAAUCUUUUUCAUCUUCCAUCCUUCAAGUUACUUGUGUUGUUUUCGGUUUUUAGAGCUGAAGCACGGCCAGCUCAAGAGCUUGCGGUGAUCAAAGAGAAUAUUUGUGAGGAUUCUGUGUUUAUUAGCACUAUAGAUGGUACUUUUUACGCUGUAGAAUUGCGUUCGGGUAAUAUGCUUUGGUCUUUUUCGCUGAAAAAGCCUUUGCUAGUGACCGUAAGUCAAGCCAGCGAUAUCAACUUCAUACCAGAUCCUUCCGAUGGCAGUUUGUAUUAUUCUGAAUAUGGACGUUUAAAAAAAAUGCCUCUGAACAUUCCCGAAUUAGUUUCCUCAGCUCCUUUUAGAGCAGAAGAUGGCACCGUUUUUUUAGGUAGUAAAAAAACAGAGCUUAUAGCACUCGAAUGCGCUUCCGGUGUUCUUCAAAGAAAGUAUAAAUUAAAAACUUUUUCAAAUCUCGGCAAUUUUACGCUGAAUACGAUGUUUAUUGGAUUAGUUGAUUUUUCUUUAACAAUUCGAGAUGAAAUGGGGAAUCAAAGGUGGAACGUUUCGUACAUCCAGUUUUCCUCUGUUAAUUUUAAAAAUCUCACUUCGGAAUCGUUAAAUUUAACUGUGGAUUUUCUUUCUUCAAGUUCGCACACCCUCGCUGCAGUGAAAAAAUCUUCUGGGAAUCUCAAAUGGCUGCUGCAUUUCGCAUCACCCGUCGUUUCCACUUUUUUAUAUAGUCGAGCCGUCUUGCUUAAAGUUCCUCUAAAACGGCUUUCCAUGCUUUCCCAAGACAAGAGUUUUAGUGAGUUGACCAUCCGGCGGUACCUGGAAACGCUGUACUGCACAACUUCUUUAUGCAACCACGUGGACCUUGAUUUAUCGAAAGCUGUCUAUGAACACGUUUUAUUGUCCUCUGCCCCACAUGAAGGACCCAAAAAGUCGAUACGGGCUGUAUUGCCUACGGAAUGCACGCGUUCUUCUUCCAGCUACCCCAACUGUUUGCUAGGCGCUUACCUCGUGGGCCCUAUUGAUUCUAGCACGUUUCCCCCUCGUCUUAUUGAGGGUUACUCCCGCCCCCGAGAAGCCUCGCCCCUGUCCUCAACCUUAUACUUGCAUCUUCUUAUAAUUCUUGUAACUUUACUUUCAAGCUUAUUGGUGCUCUCUCUUCACUUCUUCUGUCUUUCACAACAUUGCGUUCCUGCCUCUCUGGAGCGCGUGCCUGAUAUGCUGGAAGUCCGUAAAUUUACGGAAAAAGGCAAACCCAAGAAUCCCGAGCUGAUUGGCAAGAUCAGGCUAGCUAGUGACGAUAUUUUGGGCCACGGCAGCCACGGCACAGUGGUGUUCCGAGGGUUUUUUGAGAACCGGCCAGUUGCAAUAAAGAGGCUGUUAAAAGAAUUUUACGAGAUUGCCAAUCACGAAGUGGAUUUACUGUUGCAGUCUGACAAUCAUCCUAAUAUAGUUCGAUAUUUUUGCAAGGAAGAAAGCGAGCAGUUUUGCUAUAUUGCCCUAGAGUUAUGCGAAGGUUCUCUGGUAGAUUUCGUAGAGCAAAAAGUUGCUGUUGCUCUCUCUCAUCUCGAUAUAGUUUUUCAGUUAUUAAAUGGACUGAAUCAUCUUCACAACUUAAAUUUAGUUCAUAGAGAUAUCAAACCGCAGAAUGUUUUAAUAACACGGCAGUUUGGGGUUCAGAGAAUUAUUAUUUCAGAUUUUGGCUUUUCCAAAAAGUUGAUAGAAGGACAAAGCUCAUUCGCAACUCAAUUUUCCGGUACGCAGGGGUGGGUAGCCCCCGAAAUGUUAUUCGGUCAGCGAAUGACGAAAUUUGUUGAUGUUUUCUCCACCGGAUGCGUUAUUUAUUAUAUCUUGUCAGGCGGUUCGCAUCCCUUUGGCCGGUCGUUUGAAAGAGAAUGUAAAAUUAGAACUGGGACAUACGAGUUGUCUUGUGUGGAGAAUAAUCCGGAAGCUUUAAAUUUGAUAGCUAAAAUGAUUAGCCUUGAGUGUAGUGAACGUCCGACCAUUAAAGAAGUCUUAAAGCAUCCCUUUUUCUGGUCUAAUAAAAAAAAGUUACAAUUCCUUACGGACUUAAGUGACUGGGUGGAAACCGAAAAGUUUGAAUCGUCUUCAAAUUUGUUAUCGCUUUUACAGAAAAAUGCCUCGCAAAUAUAUGGCGCAAACUGGAAAACUUUUUUACAUGAAGAGCUUGUUGAAAAUUUAGAGCAGUUCAGAAGCUAUCACGGCUGGCGCUUACGGGAUCUUCUUCGUUGCAUACGAAAUAAAAAAAGUCAUUACUCUGAACUCAGUAUUGCUUUGCAGCAAAUUCUCGGACCUAUCCCGGAUGAGUACAGUCGUUACUUUACUUCGAGGUUUCCAAAAUUACUCAUUUCAUUGUAUCUUUUUAUCUUGGAGAACAACCUAGCCUCGACCGCGAAAUUUGAAAGAUAUUUUUAUUGUGGCGCUGAAAUAGAUGCCAGCAUUCCUCCUUUUCCCUGCGCAACUCUUUUUAGCCCUGUGAGGGAGCCUUCCUGCUAG